UAACUUAAAAUUAUGGACUAUGGAGUAGUGGAGAAAGAUAUGAACUCACGAAAGCAUAAAGUUGCAAUCUUUCAUUCCAUAAUUGCAUUGAAAGAUGAAACCCAUUGUGGGUGUUGUUGUAGCAGCCGCCAUGGCACUGUCUUUUCUUCAAAUUUCUGGGAGCCAGAAGAUUGGGUAUUCUCCUCUUGGAAGCAGCUUUCAUAUUCCGGCGAUUUUCAACUUCGGAGACUCAAAUUCCGAUACUGGUAGUUGGUCUGCAGCUUUUGGCCCAUUUCCCCCUCCAAACGGUGUCACUUUCUUUGGCAAACCUUCCGGCCGAGCCUCCGAUGGCCGCCUCAUCAUCGACUUCAUAGCUGAAAAACUGGGAUUGCCAUACUUGAGUGCAUUUCUGGACUCUAUAGGAAGCAAUUUCAGGCAGGGGGCGAAUUUUGCAGUGAGUGGAGCCACUAUUCAGCAGAGCAAUGGAAAGAUGUAUGAUGCAAACUUUAAUCCUUUGUCUCUUGGCAUACAGCUCUCCCAGUUUCAACAAUUGCGAGCUCGCACUGCAGAGUUUUAUGAACAAGCCAAGGAUGAAGAUGGUAAAUGCAAGGUGCUGCCUGAAGAAGAUGAGUUUUCAAGGGGUCUGUACACAAUGGACAUGGGACAGAAUGACCUCCAUUAUUUCUUGACAUCCAUGACAGAAGAAGAAGCAAAAGAGUCCAUAAGUUCUGUUAUUGAUAAAUUUGCAAUGGUUUUAGAGAAACUCCACCAGCUAGGCGCAAGGGCGUUUUGGAUCCACAACACAGGCCCCAUAGGGUGUUUGCCAUUCUUUGCUAUUGAUGAUGAUCCACAAAAACCGGAAACCACUGAUCAAAACGGGUGCGUGGAGGCCUACAAUGAGGUGGCCCGGGAGUUCAACAAGCAACUUAAAGAACGAGUCUACAAAUUGCGCGAUCAGCUCCAGAGCUCAAGAAUCACCUACGUCGACAUCUACUCUGCUAAAUACGAUCUGAUAAGCAAAGCUGCAGCCUAUGGUUUUUCGAAUCCAUUGGGGUAUUGCUGUGGGCAAAGUCACGACUUGCCUUGUUGGCAAGAUGUUAGAGUAAACGGCAGCUGCAAUAAUCCUUCAGAGUAUAUCAGCUGGGAUGGCAUACAUUACACUGAGGCUGCAAAUAGAUGGGUCGCUGACCGGAUUGCUGAUGGCCUCUACUCUGACCCUCAAACUCGUGUUAUUGAAGCCUAUCCCAAUCCGAGGAGGAGGGGUGUAAACGAAUCAAAUGAACGGUGUAACGCUGAACUUUGAAACCCAGUGUACAUUCAGUGAAAGAACAGGUUAAACUUUUAAAGCCAAAGCAUAUAGGGUAUAGCAUGCAAAAGGGAGAAUAAAUAGCAGCAGAAGGGGUGUACUUUGGAGGGAAAGCAAAGAAAAAAGAAAUGAAUAGCACUAUUGGAACAACUUUGCUGGGGAUCAAACCCAGAAUCUCUGGUUUCAUAGACCAGCGCCUUAUCCAUUGGGCCACAGAGUCAUAUGCAAUUGCAAGAUAUUUUAUACAAUUAAAAUCUGAAUGCAAUUAUGUAGUAGAGUUAUUGUCAAUUUUUUUA